AUGGAUAAGGCCGGACUAGAAAGAACCAGACCCAGAGCUGAGUUUAGUGUGUGGUUGGUGUGUGGUUGGUGUGUGGUUGGUGUGUGGUUGGAGUGUGGUUGGUGUGUGGUUGGUGUGUGGUUGGUGUGUGGUUGUGUGUGGUUGGAGUGUGGUUGGUGUGUGGUUGGUGUGUGGUUGGUGUGUGGUUGGUGUGUGGUUGGCAUGUGGUUGGUGUGUGGUUGGAGUGUGGUUGGUGUGUGGUUGGUGUGUGGUUGGUGUGUGGUUGGUGUGUGGUUGGAGUGUGGUUGGUGUGUGGUUGGAGUGUGGUUGGAGUGUGGUUGGUGUGUGGUUGGAGUGUGGUUGGUGUGUGGUUGUGUGUGGUUGGUGUGUGGUUGGAGUGUGGUUGGUGUGUGGUUGGUGUGUGGUUGUGUGUGGUUGGUGUGUGGUUGGAGUGUGGUUGGUGUGUGGUUGGAGUGUGGUUGGUGUGUGGUUGGCAUGUGGUUGGAGUGUGGUUGGUGUGUGGUUGGUGUGUGGUUGGUGUGUGGUUGGUGUGUGGUUGGUGUGUGGUUGGUGUGUGGUUGGUGUAUGGUUGGAGUGUGGUUGGUGUGUGGUUGGAGUGUGGUUGGUGUGUGGUUGGUGUGUGGUUGGUGUGUGGUUGGUGUGUGGUUGGUGUGUGGUUGGUGUGUGGGUGUGUGUGUGGUUGGAGUGUGGUUGGUGUGUGGUUGGUGUGUGGUUGGUGUGUGGUUGUGUGUGGUUGGUGUGUGGUUGGCAUGUGGUUGGAGUGUGGUUGGUGUGUGGUUGGUGUGUGGUGGUGGUGUGUGGUUGGUGUGUGGUUGGUGUAUGGUUGGAGUGUGGUUGGUGUGUGGUUGGAGUGUGGUUGGUGUGUGGUUGGUGUGUGGUUGGUGUGUGGUUGGUGUGUGGUUGGUGUGUGGUUGGAGUGUGGUUGGUGUGUGGUGGUGUGUGGUGGUGUGUGGUGUGGUUGGUGUGUGGUUGGUGUGUGGUUGGUGUGUGGUUGGUGUGUGGUUGGAGUGUGGUUGGUGUGUGGUUGGAGUGUGGUUGGUGUGUGGUUGGUGUGUGUGGUGUGGUGUGUGGUUGGUGUGUGGUUGGUGUGUGGUUGGUGUGUGGUUGGUGUGUGGUUGGUGUGUGGUUGGUGUGUGGUUGUGGUGUGUGGUUGGUGUGUGGUUGGCGUGUGGUUGGUGUGUGGUUGGAGUGUGGUUGGUGUGUGGUUGGAGUGUGGUUGGUGUGUGGUUGGUGUGUGGUUGGAGUGUGGUUGGUGUGUGGUUGGAGUGUGGUUGGUGUGUGGUUGGUGUGUGGUUGGUGUGUGGUUGGAGUGUGGUUGGUGUGUGGUUGGUGUGUGGUUGGUGUGUGGUUGGUGUGUGGUUGGUGUGUGGUUGGUGUGUGGUUGGAGUGUGGUUGGUGUGUGGUUGGUGUGUGGUUGGUGUGUGGUUGGUGUGUGGUUGUGUGUGGUUGGAGUGUGGUUGGUGUGUGGUUGGUGUGUGUGUGGUUGGAGUGUGGUUGGUGUGUGGUUGGCAUGUGGUUGGAGUGUGGUUGGUGUGUGGUUGGUGUGUGGUUGUGUGUGGUUGGUGUGUGGUUGGUGUGUGGUUGGCAUGUGGUUGGAGUGUGGUUGGUGUCUGGUUGGAGUGUGGUUGGUGUGUGGUUGGAGUGUGGUUGGUGUGUGGUUGGUGUGUGGUUGGCAUGUGGUUGGUGUGUGGUUGGUGUGUGGUUGUGUGUGGUUGGUGUGUGGUUGGCAUGUGGUUGGUGUGUGGUUGGUGUGUGGUUGUGUGUGGUUGGUGUGUGGUUGGUGUGUGGUUGGUGUGUGGUUGUGUGUGUGGUGGUGUGUGGUUGUGUGUGGUGUGUUGGGUGUGGGUGUGUGUGUGGUUGGUGUGUGGUUGGAGUGUGGUUGGUGUGUGGUUGGUGUGUGGUUGGUGUGUGGUUGUGUGUGGUUGGUGUGUGGUUGGCAUGUGGUUGGGUGUGGUUGGUGUGUGGUUGGUGUGUGGUUGGUGUGUGGUGGUGGUGUGUGGUUGGUGUGUGGUUGGUGUGUGGUUGGUGUGUGGUUGGUGUGUGGUUGGUGUGUGGUUGGUGUGUGGUGUGGUGUGUGGUUGGUGUGUGGUUGGGUGUGUGGUUGGUUGUGUGGUUGGUGUGUGGUUGGUGUGUGGUUGGAGUGUGGUUGGUGUGUGGUUGGAGUGUGGUUGGUGUGUGGUUGGUGUGUGGUUGGAGUGUGGUUGGUGUGUGGUUGGAGUGUGGUUGGUGUGUGGUUGGUGUGUGUGGUGUGUGUGUGGUUGGUGUGUGGUUGGUGUGUGGUUGGUGUGUGGUUGGAGUGUGGUUGGUGUGUGUGGUUGGUGUGUGGUUGGAGUGUGGUUGGUGUGUGGUUGGAGUGUGGUUGGUGUGUGGUUGGGGUGUGGUUGGUGUGUGGUUGGUGUGUGGUUGGUGUGUGGUUGGUGUGUGGUUGGUGUGUGGUUGGAGUGUGGUUGGUGUGUGGUUGGUGUGUGGUUGGAGUGUGGUUGGUGUGUGGUUGGUGUGUGGUUGGUGUGUGGUUGUGUGUGGUUGGUGUAUGGUUGGUGUGUGGUUGGUGUGUGGUUGGAGUGUGGUUGGUGUGUGGUUGGUGUGUGGUUGUGUGUGGUUGGUGUGUGGUUGGAGUGUGGUUGCUGUGUGGUUGGUGUGUGGUUGGUGUGUGGUUGGUGUGUGGUUGGUGUGUGUGUGUGGUGUGUGGUUGGAGUGUGGUUGGUGUGUGGUUGGUGUGUGGUUGGAGUGUGGUUGGUGUGUGGUUGGAGUGUGGUUGGUGUGUGGUUGGAGUGUGGUUGGUGUGUGGUUGGUGUGUGGUUGGAGUGUGGUUGGUGUGUGGUUGGUGUGUGGUUGGUGUGUGGUUGUGUGUGGUUGGUGUGUGGUUGGCAUGUGCAGCUGCAGAUCUGUGAAGGACACAGGCAAACACAGACUGUAUCGAUCUGCUCUAUGGACACAGAGAAGAAACACUGGUGA